UCGCCUCAAACUUACUCUUGGCGAACGAGUGCAUAUAUUCAUCCUUUACUUUGCAUCUUUCUUCAACAAGUAUACGCAAUAAUCUUGAUUCGUUUUAAAAAUGGAAGGAAGUGCAACGAAUCACCUUCCCGUUUCCGCCAAUUUGGAUCAUUCAAAUGAUGGCGCUCAAUGCCCUGUCGCACAUGCUCCCGAUCAACCUCUUCCGCCAGGGCAUCCUCCUACUCCUUUUGCCGCUGCUUCAACAUUAAAGCCGCCAACGGGCGCAAAAUGUGUAUUCUUUCGAACGCAUGAGGAUUUAUCACAAACGCCACCUAUCUCACGUUCUGCUUCGAUUCAAUUGGACGACGUUAAACGCCUAAAAGAUGCUCAGAUACGUUCGACUUCCGACAUUGACCCGAAUACAACUUUUGUUCUCGCUAGUAGAAAUAGCCAAUUGGCAUUAGUGCAGACUUCGCAAGUAAGUGCAAUGCUUUCUGCCCAUUUCGGGAAGCAUUCUCCUGCUUUUGCACAAACAAAAGAACGUUCUAAAGAUGUCAAGAAGGACGAUUGUCAAAUCACUCCGCCUUUAUCGCCUUCUCCCGUCUAUGAUCAAGACUUGAUCGCUGAACAUCAAAAGAAAGCAAAACAGCUUGGGAUUACAAGCUCACUUUCAUUCCCUUACACUUCCAUGUCAACCGGAGGCGAUCAAAAUCACACUUCUCCUUUGUAUGUCAUCGGAGGCGAAGGUCGUGCAAUUUGGACAAAGGAAUUGGAAGUCGCUCUUGCUGCUGGGGCGGUCGAUGCGAUCGUGCAUUGCUUGAAAGAUGUUCCUACAACCUUACCUGAAGGAAUGAUGUUAGGCGCAAUAUUGGAAAGAGAAGAUCCUCGUGAUGCGCUUAUCAUCAAAGAAGGGCUACCAUAUAAAACUCUAGAUGAAUUACCGCCAGGCUCCGUGAUUGGUACAUCUUCAAUCCGUAGGGUCGCUCAAUUACGCAGACGGUAUCCCGAUCUCGUUUUCAGUGAUGUGCGUGGAAACUUGAUCACCCGAUUGGCAAAACUGGACAAUCCAAAUGGACCUUAUACAGCUUUAGUAUUAGCAGCAGCUGGUUUGAUUCGUUUGAACAUGGGUUCACGAAUCACUGCCUUUUUAAGCGCACCUGUGAUGAUGCAUGCAGUCGGUCAAGGUUCAUUAACGAUCGAAGUGCGCAAACCUCCUCCUGGCGCUUCGCCUUUGACAAAUCGUGAUGCUCGUAUUCUAGAAAUGGUAAAAUCCAUUGGCUGUUGGCGAUCCACAUGGAGACAAGAAGCUGAACGUAGCUUAUUGCAAGAACUGGAAGGUGGCUGCAGUAUUCCCGUUGGUGUUGAAUCACGAUUUGAUGAUCACGAUGUCGUAGAAGGCGAUCGCAACGAAAGAGAGGCGAUUCGUCAGGUAGACAUUGGUAAUGGUGAUCGGGAGGCUAAACGUGCACCGAUUAAACAAAAUGGACAUACAAUCCCAGCAAGUCAAUUCGAACAAUACCCCUUGGGCUCACAGCAGAGUAAGGAGCAUCAAAAAAGCAAUGACGAUCAACCCCCACCUUUGAAAAGAUUGGCAACAGAGAAGGAUGUUCGCAAUGGAAAACAUGACGACCUCGGAGGAGCGAUUCCGCCGGCACAACAGUACAUGCCUGAGUCAUCUGGUAGUUUAGAAAAAUUGACGCCAGAAGACCGAGCGAGUGAACCAGAAAGGCCUGUCCAUCUAACCUUGACUGCUACUGUGGUAUCUCUCGAUGGAAGUCGUCAUUGUGAAUACUCACUACGACAAGAAAUCUGUUCGCUCCAACAAGCACGUCAAUUGGGAAUUGAUGUUGCGAAUGAAUUAGCCAAUAAGCGAGGUGCAAGAGUCAUUUUAGACGAAGUUGAAAGGCACAGAAAGUUGGCCGAAGAAGCUGAUGAUUUACGCCGUAAAGCUGAACGUGAAAAGCGAAUUCGAGCAGCUCAAGCUGAUUUGGCAGCCGCCACUGCAGCUUCAACGACUGAAGAUGGCAUUGAAUCUGAUGAAGAACGUGAAAACAGGUUAACUUACCAUAAUCCACAUGCAUGUUACAUGAACAAAAAGACCAUCCAAUUGCUAGCAUGA